UUCGGGCGGACUCGGGCCCCCUUCGGGCGGGCUCGGGCUGCGGUGGGGCCGGGCCCCCGGGGGAGCCCUCAUGGAGGACUCAGACUCGGCGGCCAAACAGCUGGGCCUGGCCGAGGCGGCGGCGGCCGUGGCGGCGGCGGCGGCGGUGGCGGCGGCGGCAGCGGCGGCGGCGACCGGCGAGGAGGAGGAGGAGGAGGCGGAGGAGCCGGGCCUGGCGGAGGACGAGGAGGCGGAGCCCGACGGGCGGGUGACGGCCGUGACCGUGAUGGCGGCCGAGCCCGGACACAUGGACAUGAGCAACGAGGCCCUGCCCGGCCCCGACGAGGACGCCGCCGCCGCUGCCGCCGCCGCCGCCGCUGCCUUCGCAGAAGUGACCACGGUAACCGUCGCCAACGUGGGCACCUCCGCGGACAACGUUUUCACGACAUCGGUGGCCAACGCGGCAUCCAUCUCGGGACAUGUUCUGUCUGGGAGACGGGCCCUGCAGAUCGGGGAGAGCUUGAACACGGAGAAAGCCACGCUCAUCGUGGUCCACACGGACGGGAGCAUCGUCGAAACCACGGGCCUCAAGGCCCCGACCACCCCGCUCACCCCAGGGCCUCAGUCUCCCCCACCUCCCUUAGUGCCCGGCCAAGAGAAGGGAACGACCAAGUACAAUUGGGACUCCUCCGUCUACGACAACGAGCUGCCCGUCCGAUGCCGCAACAUCAGUGGGACGCUCUACAAGAACAGGCUCGGCUCAGGCGGACGCGGUCGCUGCAUCAAGCAGGGCGAGACCUGGUACAGCCCCACCGAGUUCGAAGCCAUGGCCGGCAGAGCCAGCAGCAAGGACUGGAAACGGAGCAUCCGCUACGCCGGGAGACCGCUGCAGUGCCUCAUUCAGGAUGGGAUCCUAAACCCUCACGCUGCCUCCUGCACUUGUGCCGCCUGCUGCGAUGAUAUGACUCUAAGUGGCCCGGUAAGGCUGUUUGUGCCUUAUAAACGACGCAAGAAGGAAAAUGAAAUGUCUUCCGCCGCCGUGAAGAAGGAUUCCUCCAAAAACAUCACUUUGCUCCCCGCAGCAAGUGCCACCACAUUCACGGUGACCCCCGGACAGAUCACUACCUCCGGCGCGCUGACUUUUGACCGGGCAUCGACCGUGGAGGCCACGGCCAUCAUCUCGGAAAGCCCAGCCCAGGGCGACGUCUUCACCGGCCCUGCCGGGCAAGAGGCAGGUAUCCAGCAGCCUUGCCGGGGGCGACAGCCAGAGCCUCACUACCCCAGUUACCAGGACAACUGCCCCAUCUCGCCCUUUCCAGAAGCCGCGCUGCCCACCUCCCACCCCAAAAUCGUGCUGACGUCGCUGCCCGCCCUGGCGGUGCCCCCGCAGACCCCCAGCAAGGCCGCGGGCGGGCCGGGAGCCAACGGGCUGGACGCCCCCGACCCACGCAGCUGGCUCUACCUGGAGGAGAUGGUCAACUCGCUCCUCAGCACCGCCCAGCAGCUCAAGACCCUGCUGGAACAGGCCAAGCAGGCCAGUGCCACCUCUGCCCUCGCCCACGACAAAAUCCCGCCCGACGGGGACCGCAAAGAGCAAUCCUGCGUCAACUGCGGCCGCGAAGCGAUGAACGAGUGCACGGGCUGCCACAAGGUCAAUUACUGCUCCACUUUCUGCCAGCGGAAGGACUGGAAAGACCACCAGCACAUGUGCGGGCAGCCGCUCACCGUCCAGGCCAACGAGGUGCACGUCACGGACGGCGUCGUGGACAAGGUCGCCGUCUGAGAGGAGCCGGGAGG